GCUCGUUGCAACUGGGUCCGAAACCGAAGCUUUGCCAUUAGCUGGCUGCAUCGCCGAGAGACGUUCCAUUUUAUUUGAAACAACUGGCCAGAUAACAAAGAAAGUGAGAUCAAGUCUGCGAGAUCGUGGCGAAAGAAGAAGAAGCUUUCCAGCGAGCUUCGCUGAAAGAGACUUUUUGCUUUUGGCCUCCGCGGAACUGACAAAUGUCAAAUACGAAUAGACUGUCGUGGAAUUAAGACGCGUUACUGCCACUGAACGGAUCUCGACACCUUGUUUUUGGCGGCCCUCCAAAAUGUCGCAAAGUGCCAUUAAGUCAGUACCCCUCUUGGGGGCAAUAUUUCUGUUCGCAUUCUCAUAUAAAGUGCAGUGUGAUGAGAGUGGCCUAAGGAAUUCGCGAUUAAUGCCAUUCUUCAGUGAACCCCAGCCGCAUUUCUACCACAACCGACCAGGUCCCGGACUAGUGCCCAGAAUUAGGUCACGUUCGGAUAACUUACCCCUGCUUUCCCUUAACCACAACAAGUUCCCGAAGGACUUCUCACUAAAAUCUCCACUACCUGCCACGGUUCAGCAUUUAAUGCGCCGUGAACACUCCGGAAAUGUUCCUUCCAAUGAUCAGAACCGACGCUAUCACUACGACCAGAACCAGCCCGGGCGAUUUGCCCAUGUUAAAGAUCCGGUUUUGGAUGUUGGAAAAAAUCAGUUUCCUCCAAAAUAUUUUUCCGAGCAGUACAUUCAAAAUUUCAAAGCCUCACCGCGAUUUAAUGGAAAUAUCAUCCUGAAGGAUCAAAAACCAGUAUACGCGCCUAUUCAACAGCAUGCAAUCCCCGUACAGGCUUCUCAAUAUUUGCAUUAUCCCAAGCUACUAGGUCAACAGGGCGGCAGUUUCAGCGUUGUUCCCUCUCAACAGACCGCGCUUCAAAAUAAUCAAUUCCCGCAGGAGCAGAAAAUGUAUUCGGUUCACGAAGAGUCGGAUAAUUUGUCGAAACCCGGGUAUAAUCAGGGAGUAAACUAUCACCAGGCUACGCCUCACCUAAAAGAGUCGAAGGACGCACAGGACUACUUGCAGUUUAUGAGCACCAACGAAUACUUUCUUCCCAAACGAGAUCCUGAUUAUAAAAAGUUGGACGCCGAGCACGACCAGCAGAAGCAAAUUCACCAAUAUCCACAUCAGCAGCAUUUGCAGCACCAGCCACAGCAGCCCCACCAGCAGCAGCAACAUCUGCAUUUGCAGCACCAACAGAAACACCAGCCACUGCAACAUCAGCAACUACAGCAGCUUCAGCCACAGCUUCCCUAUAAAUCUGGUGGUCUAGACAACUCAGCCUCCUCCAGUUACAAUGAGCCCAUACAAGUUUCUGAUUUGUUCUACCAGCAAGACCCAGCUCCUGCAAAUUCCGCAGUGGUUCGAGGAAGUUAUCAGGCCGGUCAGGAUGUGUUCGUGGUCAAGUCCGACGGCAACAAGGCCGUCAAGCAUGUGGUCUCAACUCCUAUGUCGGUGCAAACGUCGACCCAAACUCCCCCGAAGGGUCAACAGCUUGGAAAGAGUCAUAAGAGCUACACGCCAGAGCCAGUAAGAUUUGAAUUUACCGAACAGGAUGCCAUUAGGGGAUCCAUGAAGUACACUCAAUCCCCACAGGGAAAUCAAUUUUACUACGAAACGGUCGCCCAAGCAGUCCGGGAACCGGUUAAAACUCCUGCCUCUGUCAAAGAACUCGCUAAGCCCAUCAAAGAAUACAGCGACGACCCAGAAGACAGUGCUGAUACAGAAAACGGAAAACAGCUGGAGGAUCAGCAGGUACGCACCCUGCCAAGUGCCGCUACUGAAGAUGCUCAAAAAGAUACAGAAAGUUACUGCGAGAAAAUCUGUGCCAACGUUUAUGAUGAGAACGAUGAAAUAAUUUGUGGAUCUGAUGGAUACAUGUACACGGGAGAAACGCAACUGCAGUGCUAUUCAUCCUGCCUAAAUAUAAGUGUGACAAUUAAAAGCAAGGGAUCAUGCACAUGAAUAUGAAUAAACGAUAAAUUAACUUAAUUUAUUUUAGCGACCAUAAGAUUUGAAAAUUUAAGUGUUUUCUUUGCGUGGUUUCUGUCACUAUCAAUGUAACCCUUUGGAAUUUUUUAAAAUUUUGUCGAUUUUAUGAUAAGAUUUAAAUAUUCUUGAAUUUAACUGUACUCAUCUCGGUUUCCUAUACUAUAUUUAUUACGUGAUCAUAUCGUAUCAUUUGACAGUGAGUGUUUGUAUCACUUUACAAACACUCACUGUCAAAUGAUACCAACAUUUCAUUAAAACCAUUUUUUAAAUAGUCAUUAAAAAAGAAUUACGAACCCUAAAACUUAAAUAUAACCAAACAAUUUUACAAAACUUUUAAAAAGUCCAUUUUUUAAUGAUUUACUUUAAAACUAAGAAUACAAAUAAUAUUUCCAAAACUAAACGCUUUCAGGGAUAAGGUAACGGAUUCUAGUGAUAACAAAAAAU